ACUUUCUCUCUCCGCAAAACAAUCUCUCUCUAUCUCUUCUGCCGGCGGCGAAAAUCCGGCAAUAUUUUCCGGGGAAAAUCUUCUUGAUCCGUAGAGAAAUCUUCUAUUUCUCAAUCGAAUCCAGUCGAAAUAAAUGCUGUUUGGAUUUUGGAACGAUAUCGUCGUUGAUGCUCGAAAAAAUUUGCCGGAAAAUCGAUAAACAGAAGCGAAGGUUCUAGGUUUCGGAUGGAUUUGUUGAAAACAUUUGUAUACGACGGCGGAGCCGGAGGCGUUGGUCAUUCGUUGAAAGAGGAAAUACUCGUGGAAGAAAACGUGGAGCUGAGUUUAGGAUUAUCGAUGAACGGCCGAUUUGGUGUCGAACGACGGUGUACGGUGGUUGAUAAUAAUUACAGCAACAACGAUAGGUUAAGCCGUUCAUCUUCCGUCACCGAUUUCUCGAGUUUUCCGUCGACAAACGACGAUCCGACGCCAUUGUCGUUGUAUUCGCCGUUAACGAGGACGUGUUCGCUGCCGAUUGAGACGGAGGAGUGGAAGAAGAGGAAGGAAUUGCAGUCGUUACGGCGGUCGGAGGCGAAGCGGAAACGAGUGGAAAAGCUGAAAAACGGUAGGGUCGUUAAAGGUUCAACGGCGGAGGAGAUUUAUGAGACAAAAAGAAGAAAUUUAACAAACGGAAACGAGUUAUGGCGAUCUUCACUACCGUCACUGUUACCUCCACUUCCACGGCCGCCUCCGGUUCCAUCACAGGUGUCCAUCGGAUCUCCGGCCAGCGGCGGAUCUUCGGGGGUUUCCGACUUGGAAUGUCAACAUUUUUCAGGAACAAAUAAAGAGGUUGAGUCGAAGAGCACGACGAGCAACCAAUCAAUUUCACAUAAGAUCUCAAGUUCGAGUUUGAACAGAUCGAACUUGGUUGCAUCUGAGCAUGUUGCAGGGAAACUCUCUGCAACAUCGUCUCAGAUCCUUAGCGGAAACCGCUCCUCUAAGGAUGAAACCCUAAAGGUGAUGUUAGCCGACAUGCCGUGUGUUUCCACCAAAGGAGAUGGUAUAAACGGCAAGAAGAUCGAAGGGUUUUUGUACAGAUAUCGGAAAGGCGAAGAAGUGCGAAUAGUUUGUGUUUGCCAUGGUAGCUUUUUGACACCGGCAGAGUUCGUCAAACAUGGUGGUGGUGGCGAUGUCGAACAUCCGCUAAGACAUAUUGUCGUUAACCCGCCUUCGCUCUGAUACUUAGAGAUGGGAAAUACUUGGAAAACGAUCUGUCGGGGUUCAGAAUUUUUGUAGGGGAAGGACUCGUUUUUUGGUCCUUUUUAUGUGUCGAAUGAAACGUUAAAUAAGGUUUCGUUAACGUCAUACGAGCUUUGUAGAGAACAAAUUUACAUCUCGAUGGAAGUAGUUUCGUUUUUUAUAUCUGAAUCAGUAAAACUUCUACCGUUUAUCUGU